AUGGCCAAUCCUAGUAAUUGGCCAUCUUUUCUUAUGUUGGUCUUGGCCUUGUAUGCCAUUGCUGCUCAUACAAGUGCCCAAUACACAUACUCUCCACCAUCACCACCUCCAUAUGUCUACAAGCCACCAACACCUCCUCCAUACGUCUACAGCUCCCCUCCAUAUGACUACAAGCCACCAACGCCUCCUCCUUACGUCUACAUCCCUCCUCCAUAUGUUUACAAGCCACCAACUCCUCCUCCCUACGUUAACAGCCCUCCUCCAUAUGUUUACAAACCACCAACGCCUCCUCCCUACGUCUACAGCCCUCCUCCAUAUGAGUACAAGCCACCAACUCCUCCUCCCUACGUCUACAGCCCUCCUCCAUAUGUCUACAAGCCCCCAACCCCUUCCCCUUACGUCUACAGCCCUCCUCCAUAUGAGUACAAGCCACCAACUCCUCCUCCCUACGUCUACAGCUCUCCUCCAUACGUUUACAAGCCUCCACCAUCACCUCCUCCUUAUGUCUACAGCUCUCCUCCAUAUGUUUACAAGCCUCCACCAUCACCUCCAACCUAUAGUUCUCCUCCAAUAUACUAA